AUGUUGAAUAACAUGUACUAUUUGAGCAUUCUUUUGACAAUAUUCGCUUUAGGGGAAUUUAGGCCAGUAACAGAAAAAUCUACACAAGUAGAAUCUGAAGUUGAAAAUAAUGAGUUGAGCAAAGCUGGAAUUGCAGAUAUGUUGAAUCCUUUAAAUUGGAAUCCCGCUAUCAGAGGAAACAAUUCAGCUGGUUUAUUUCCAAACAGCCCAUUUCAAAAUCUACUAAAUAGAACGCAAUCUGUAAAUAAUGUUAUGAACGACAUUAAACUUUUCUUUGUUACUGCUCAAGGGGCUAUUAUGCCUGCUAGUGUCCUCACUGGAGGAUUCACUAAGUUUCUACAAGGAUUAGGAAAUAUGGGGAAUUUAUUCGGAAAUUUAGGACAAUCUGUACAAAACUUUGGAAAAUAA